GUUUCAGAAUCACAACAAACAGUCUACUCAACAACGAUGGCUCUUUCGCUUUGGUCUAAAUACUCGGCAUUUAAUCAGAUUUCUACCAAUAUUGUACGACACUUUUCACUUUCGUCUUUGAAUCGCCUCAAAGAAAUCAAAGAGGUUCAGACAAACGACACGCUUGUAAUCAAAGGAGAAUACGUACAGUCGCCCCGGCACGAUACGCUGAUUCCACAGCUGAUCGAGGCGCGCCAAAAAGGCGAACGGUUUUGUCCUCAAUGCACGCUCGGGCUGGACAUCAAACACACCGACGUGCUCAUCCUCAGUCAGUACGUGCGAACCGACGGAUGCAUGUUGCCACGCCGGGUUACAGGAUUAUGUAAGCGCCAGCAGCGACGGAUGGGUGCACUGGUAACGAUGGCACAGAAGGCGGGUCUAAUGCCAAACCUCAACCCAGCGACCAGCAAAAAAGAUCCCAAACAACGAUAUCAGUGGAAGAAGUACAACAAGUAUUUCGACGAAGAGACGAUUAAAUGUUAACAUGAGCAGCAUAGAUACAUAAAGUAGAGCAUUGUGAAACACGUUCACAGUGGAAUGCAUAAUCGGUGUCCAUCUUUAUUCGAACUUAGCUUUGAACUGGCUUCACGUAAUUUCGUACGCGGCGAGUUCGUGCUUCCAGCAACGCUUGCUCCAACACCUGUAUCAUAUGUUGCAACAUGGUAGGAUCAGUCUCCGCCAACACUUCCUUACGUGUGUGUUUAUCCGGCUUUAUCGUCCCCUCCUGUUCCUCCACAGCACCCACCGGCAUUACAUGCAACUUUUCCCGAUACUCGCUCACACAUUCUGUGUCGAGGUGAAACUUCAUCUUUAUCACCGGAGUUGCCUGCGAU